AUGGCGUCGUUCUUCGCAAAGGCUCGUGAGCGCGCCGAGGCUGCGGCCCAGCAGCUUCAGGCACACCACGCCGCCUCAUCCGCCAGCAAGACCGGCGACACCUCGAACUCCAGCACCACCUCAGGCACCGGUUCCAGCUUCUACACCGGCUCGGUUCCUCACCUCCUCCGACACGGUAUCGCCUCCGUCGACCCUCGCUACGAGUCCACCCGCCAGUUCCACCUCCUCAGCCAGGCCGUCAAAGGAUUCAACAUCGAUCAUGAAGCUGCGGGACGAGAGGCCAAGAACCUCGCCAAAGCCACAUUCACCUGGGGUCAGCAUCAUCUCCCGGAGAAGCGCGACGACAGUGUGGGCGAUGAAGUGCUCGUCGAUGUCACCGAUCGUCUCGCUUACGUCUGGCACGAGAUCGGACAGCUCGAGACCGCGCACAGCCAGAGCGCCGAACAGGCCCGCAACCGUCUCAAGCGUUUCGAAAAGGCAGAGAUGGAGCUUGGCCAGCGCCGCGCUGCCCGCAACAAACUCAAGAAGGAGCUCCAUGCCCUCGUGCCCGAGCGUGCCAUGUCCGCCGGCAGCGAACGCGCCCGGGAAGCUGAGAAGCGCCUCAAGGACCUCAUCGACGACGACCAGGCUGACGAAGAGUCCCUCAGCAGGACCAAACGCGAGAGCCUCAAGGAGGGCUACUCGGCCAUGUUCGACAGUCUCAUCGAGCUCGGCGAGAAGAUGGCUCUCGUCGCCCGCUACGGCAAGCUCAUGACCACGCUCAUCCCCACCGACAAGUCGCCCUUCCCGGCCACAGUCAAGCCGCGCGGCGAGACCAUCCCGCUCUGGGAAGGCGCGGCUCGCACCGCAGAGGUGCGUGCGGCGCUUGCCUCUGCCCUCACGUCCUUCCGUCCGGAUCUGUCCGUCCCGAGCUUGCCCUCGGAGGCCGCACUGUCAUCUGGCACCAGCCUCGGCCGUGCAGACACCGUCUCCUACGCUGUCUCGCAUCGCGCGGAGCUGCAGCGCGACGAGGCUGCAAGCGAUGCAGCGACGCCAGCGACUGUCGCCAGUGCUGCACCUGCGUCGCCCCGACGAAGCAGUCUGUCGCUCGAUCGCAAUGAUCGACUGCAGCCAGCCAGCGCAGAUGGUAACGGAUCGACGCAGAAACUCAACCUCAGCCCGUCCACGCUUCCCGCGCCCCUUCUCCCGCCUCGGCCCAACCGCAGCCCCUCGGCAGCUUCCGACACGCUGCGCUCGCCUCAGCCGGAUCCUUUUGCUGACCCCGUCGCUGCCACAUCGGCGGCUCAUCCAUCCGUCCAAGAUGAAGAAGCAUCGGGUCCACCCGGUCCGACGGUCGCAGAGACCGGUGUGGUUCCGAGCGGACCCGGCGGACCCAAGUCGGGCACGCUUCGCCCUCGCAGGGCAUCUGCUGGCCAGCGAUCCGCCUCAAUCUCUGCGGGUGCGGUGGCUUACCUCGGCCCUACUGGCACCUACAGCCACCAGGCGGCGCUCAAGGUGUUUGGCGAGACCGGAACGAACCUCAUCCCCAUGCAGAGCAUCACGGGCGCCAUCGACUUUGUUCGCCGUGGCACGCCCGGCAACGCCAAGAUCGCCAUCGUGCCGGUGGAGAACAGCACAUUCGGACCUGUUCGGGACACGCUGGACAAUCUGCUCAACAUCAGCAACGGUGACCGCCACGCCAUGCGGCCCUCGGAGGGCGCCCAAUUGCAUGUGGUGGGCGAAGCAUGCUUAGCGGUGGACCAUGCGCUGCUGUGUGGGCCGCGCACGUACCAGAGGCUUCUGGCGCUUCAGGGCGAUUCGGAUGCCAACGCGCCCAUCCGCGACGAUACGCUGUCCAACAUCACCAAUGUGAUCUCGCACGAGCAGGCGCUCGGACAGUGCGCACGCUACCUCACGCGCUAUCUGCCGCAGGCGCGCAAGAAGGCGGUCGACUCGACGGCCGCAGCGGCGAUCACGGCGCUCGAGUUCGAGGCCGGCACUGCGCCAGGCAUGGCAUCGGGCGAGUCGCUCGGCUUCUCAUCCAACUCGCUCGUUGUGGCGGUUGGCGCCGAGGCGGCUGUAAAGACCGUAGGCGUCAGGGUGCUGCGCUCCAAGAUUCAGGACGUGCAGGACAACCGCACGCGCUUCCUGGUGCUGGCGAGCGAGCCGCUGCCGAGCUUGCUGGCCACCAACUCGCUGCCGGCCUCGCUGUCGCGGCUGUACAGCGCGUCUGCACAGGUUGGCAUGGUGGGCCGCUCGCUGCUGGGCGUGCACGAUGCAGUCAGCUCGGACCUCGUAGCCGAGUCCGGCAGCUACAGCGACUCACCGAGCGUGCUGGACAGAGUAGUGCCGGAGCUGAGCAAGUGCACCGAGGUGUCGAUUCGCAAAGUUGACCGUCGCCCGGCUUCCAUGGUGGCGGCAUCAGGUGCAAGCAGCGUAUGGAGGGGCAGCUACGUGUUUGAGCUGCAGUACUCGGCGGCCGCUGCUAGCACGGCAGAGGCGAAAAUCCGGCAAGUUGUCACGCAGCUGUCGGUGGGCAGCUCGGCGAUCAGGACCGUGGGAGACGCUGCGCCCGUUGCGUACCUGGGCAGCUGGCUGGUGGACGGGGCUACGCUGCGGGGCGAGCCGCUGCUGGGUGCGCAGUCAGGCGCGCCGCUUUUGGCUACGCCGCAACGGAUCAGUCCGGGAAUGACAUCGUCUGCAUCGGCGGCAUCGGGCUUCUCGGAUCUGGCCACGCCUGGACACAGUGGUGCGGUGCAUCUGCCAGCAUCCGGAUCGAUGUCGUCGGACUUGUCUCAGUCGACGCUGCACGCGGGAGCGCCGAUGAGCGAGAGGGAGCGCAAGGAGCUCGAGGCGAGGCAAGAGGCGGCAGAGGUGCAGCAGCACGCGGCGCAGGCGCGGUUGGUGCGACAGCAGCAGCAGGCGGAGCUAUACGGUGUCGAGCCACAGCCUUCAGGAGCCGGAGCCGCCCGCCCGCAGCCGCUGGCGGGUCUGCAAGAGAGCGAGGCGGAAGCGCGCCUGGAUGAGGGCCUGCCCGCGUACCAGCCCUUUGAUCCGUCUUCCCGGGCCUGA